UGAGUCUUGACAGCUCAACCCUAACCUUAAACAUUUAGACUAUUAUCAAUUUAAAAUUUGAAUACUACAAUAAAAACAGUUCUUUUCUGUAUUAAUUAAAUUAGUUUUAUUCUAUUACGUAAUAUUGGGACAUAAAGCGUUAAUUAUGUUUCAAUGUGUUGUACGAAUUGAGUGGUGUGGUGACCUGAUUACAUACCUAUGCUUUAAGUGAAGAAUGUUGUAGACACACAUAAGAUUUGUGACAAUCAUCAUGAUAGAAAUUACAGCAAAACUAAUCAAAGGACAUAUCUAUUUAAUCGGUGAAAUCGUUGAAUGUAGUGUAACAUUCCUCCAUCCACCCUCUCCUUCACAUAAAAUUUCUCAAAGCCAUGAUGAUGUGUUCGAGAGUUUGGCAUGGGCGUCUGCUCAAAUUAAUUGCCAAUGCACCACUAAUUUAAAAUUAAACAGCGAGGAUAAUAUUAAGAAAGUGCCAACUUUUAACAUCAACGAUACAGCUCUACCGCUAAGUGUACAAGAUUCUGGUCAAUUAGAACUGUCCACCAAACCGAAAAUAUUGUUCUGUGAUUUACGCUUGUUACCUGGGCAGUCUAAGACAUAUAUAUUUAAAGAAAAGAUACCGAGUGACUCUCCCCCAUCAUACAGAGGACAACUCGUGAAGUAUUCGUAUAAACUUAUAAUCGGAACUCAAAGAGUGAACGCGCCUAUUAAAUUAUUGAAAAUACCACUACGCAUUCUUCCCAUUACUACUCAGGCACUAAAUGAGGCCAGCGGAUUGUGUAACGAUACCACAGAAGACCUAUCGCCCGCUAAUCCAUUUUUGGAAGUUCGACAACAGGACACUCCGUUCGAAGUGGCACUUCGUACAUUACAAAACAUAACGGCGAGAAGAAAGCCCAAUUUUUAUAUGAUAUCGAAUACAUGGGGGAAAGUCGCAAGGUUUUGUUUAUUCAAACCGGCCUAUAAACUAGGGGAAGACAUAAUUGGUACGUUGGAUUUUUCUGUUGCUACCGUCACAUGCGUUCAGCUGGCUGUGUCGCUACAGUGCGAAGAGGAAACAAACAUACAGCAGAACGAUCAAACAGUUAAGCAGCUGCGAAUAGGUACCUUUAACAAUCAACAUGAAGUUUGCUUGGGUCUGAAGUAUACACAACUGGUCUUGCCUAUACCAUUGCAUGUUACUCCUGGUUUUACAACACCUUUAAUGAGUUUGCGAUGGAGAUUACACUUUGAAUUUGUUACAAGUACAAAUAAGAGUUUACAAAAUCCAACACUUGAUCAAAAUGAAUGGCAGGCCCCUGCAGAUUUAUCAGUAGAGACAAUGGUUUGGAGUUUGCCAAUUCAAAUUUUUUCGACAACACCAGUUCACGUAAUUCAGGGAUUACAAACCAAUAAUGUUCAUAGAUUACUAAUUCGUUGAUACUAAAUUACAUUGUACAUUUUAAUAAAAUGGAUAUGUGAAA